AUGUAAGAAAAAAACAUAUACUUUGGUGUAUUGAUAAUAGGUCCUAGUGGAUCUGGCAAAACCACUCUUUGUGCUGGUUUUUAACAAAUUUUUAAUUAAUUAGAAAGGUCACAUUUAAUAAUAAAUUUAGAUCCAGCAACUGAAUAUACAAAAUAUGAUAAAGCUGAUAUUGAUAUAAAAGAUUUAAUAUGUAUAGAUGAUGUAAUGUAGGAGUUAAAUUUAGGUCCUAAUGGUGCACUAUUAUAUUGUAUGCAAUUUUUAGAAAAUAAUAUUAAUUGGUUAAUAAAUUAAAUAAACUUACAUAAAAAUAAAUAUUUAAUAUUUGACUUUCCUGGAUAAAUAGAGUUAUAUAUGUGUAGUGACCAUGUAAAAAACAUAAUUUAAGUUUUGUAAAAUAAUCAAACUUUUGAAAGCCAAUUAACAGUUUUAGAACUCUUUGAUUCUUGUUUUUGUUAUGAUUAUUCAAGUUUUAUAAGUCUUUCAUUGCACGCACUUUCUUCAUUAAUGAAUUUAGAAAUGCCACAUAUAAAUAUAUUGAGUAAAAUCGACCUAAUGAAACAAAACGGAAAGCCUCCUAUGAGUUUAGAACAUUAUUUAGAAGCUAAAGAUUUGGCAGGAAUAUAUGCUUUUGAUUGUGAAGAAUAUAAAAAAAGUUUAAGUAGUUUUGAUAAAAAAUGCUAUAAGUUAAAUAAAGCUAUUGCUGAACUUUUUGAUGAAUUUGGUUUGAUUAGCUUUUAUCCUUUAUAUAUUAAUAACAAAUUACUUGUUUCAAAUCUUAUUUAUAAAAUAGAUAAAAGCAACGGAUUUUUAUUUUAUCCGGGAUAUGUAUUUUAUUAAAUAAAAUAUUUUUUGAUUUAUGUAAUGUUUUUAAAAGAAUGAGAAAUAUGGAGACUUAAGAAAUCAAAUUGCAGAAAGUGAUGAAAUAUUUGCAACUAAUUAAAUAGCAUAACUAGAACUUGAUCUAUUUGAAGAUAAUGAUGAUUGGAAAAAAGACUUAGAAAUGUGUAAUUAAUAAAAUGAAAGCGAUAAUGAUAAUGAUAAUUGAAUACUUUUUUUUUUAAAAUUUUUAGUAAAUAUAUAACAAUGAAAAAAGAUCUAUAAAUAAUUAAAUUACUUCAAAUACAGAAAUAAUUAUGACUGAAUUAUUAAUUUUCUUUUUAG